UAAGAUCAGAUUCCCUCCCAGCCGCCCGAAGCUGUCAGUGACUUGGAGUCAGAAGAGAGAGCCAGGUGCAGUUCCGUAUAUACACUUAUGCUGCUAGCACUUUGCACAAGUGACACCUUGUUGCAUCUGCAGUGAUACCAAGACCUAGUCCUAUACACUAGAUUUUCCUUGACUUCUGAAUAAGAAGAUGAAGUUCAGUAAGCUGAUCUAACACGUGUGAACAUUCGGCUUUGCAUUGCCUUGUGCUCAGCACGAAUAAGGGGAUAUUCCUAGUCUGCCGUGCAGAGCUCUGCUUCUGACCCUUGGAUUUUGUCCUAUUUAAUGCUCAUCAUAUGCCAUAGUGAUCAGUGCCAACGCCAUGUGUUGAGUUGCUUUCAGUGACCUACAGGUGGUUCGACGGCUGUUACAUUUAUUGGGCACUACAAGUCAGAGCAUGGCUGCUCAGUGGUGCUCUUGGUGAGCCAGAUUGCCUUCUUGGAGGUAAAGAGUAGAUAUGUUUGCUUUUGGAGUACCUUCAGCUCAAGCUAUGUCUCAGACAGAAGUGGACUUAGCAGGAUGUGGCAUUUCCUUUGCCUCGGUUCUGCCAGAAGAUCCUGCCGAGCUGUCCUCCCUUGCAGCUCUGAGAAGAAGACGACUCUCAGGCAAGGAACCCAGAAGGAACUCUUACCAGUUCAACAGGAGAAGUUCAGCUCAACUCGAACUACUGGGUUAUGACCCGCCAGGGACAUCUUACUCCUCAUGGUCCCCUGAGGAGCCCUCAUCCUUAGAAGAGAAAGUAGACUCUAUCCCUGUUAUAGCUACUAACUCUACUAGCCUCUCAUCCCAUAACAACCAAGCAGAUGGGCUGCCAGCUCAGGGGACCUUAGCCAGCAUUGUGGACAUCAGCUCAGAAUCUGAUGAUGAGGCCACCAGCCCCAAACGUCCUGCAGUCUCUAUCCUCAAACCUACAGCAGCAGAAAACAGGAGAGAACAGGAGGAAAUUGAGGAGAAUGAGACCAAAGCCGUGGCCACCUCACCAGAUGGGAGAUACUUAAAAUUCAACAUUGAAAUCGGCAGAGGGUCUUUUAAAACUGUUUACAAGGGUCUAGAUACAGAAACUACUGUUGAAGUGGCAUGGUGUGAACUUCAGACAAGAAAGCUGACAAAAGCUGAGCGUCAGAGGUUUAGUGAAGAGGUUGAGAUGUUAAAAGGUCUGCAACAUCCAAACAUCGUCAGGUUUUAUGAUUCCUGGAAGUCUAUAGUGAAGGGGCAAAUCUGCAUAGUACUGGUUACAGAGCUCAUGACAUCCGGAACACUGAAGACCUACUUGAAGAGGUUCAAGGAAAUGAAGCUGAAGGUUUUGCAGAGAUGGAGCCGUCAAAUUCUGAAGGGUUUGCACUUUCUACACACCCGCUGCCCGCCCAUUAUUCACCGCGACCUUAAAUGUGACAAUAUCUUCAUCACUGGGCCCACCGGCUUUGUGAAAAUUGGUGACCUGGGGCUCGCCACCUUAAAGAGUGCCUCGUUUGCAAAAAGUGUAAUAGGUACGCCAGAGUUUAUGGCACCUGAGAUGUAUGAGGAGAAGUACGAUGAGGCGGUGGAUGUCUAUGCCUUUGGGAUGUGUAUGUUGGAGAUGGCCACAUCUGAAUAUCCUUACUCUGAAUGCCAGAAUGCUGCUCAAAUAUACCGCAAAGUGACCUCUGGCAUGAAGCCAGACAGUUUCUACAAAGUUAAAGUCCCAGAGCUUAAAGAGAUCAUCGAGGGCUGUAUACGCAUGAACAAGAAUGAAAGAUAUACUAUCCAAGAUCUACUGGAACACUCCUUUUUUCAGGAAGACACUGGCGUCCAUGUUGAACUGGCAGAAGAAGAUGAUGGGGUUAAACCAGCCUUGAAACUUUGGCUGAGAAUGGAUGAUACAAAAAAGCUGCACGGCAAAUACAAAGAUAAUAAUGCCAUUGAGUUCUUGUUUGACCUUUACAAAGAUAUUGCAGAAGAGGUGGCUCAGGAGAUGGUGGUGCUUAACUUUGUUUGUGAAGCUGACUAUAAACUUGUAGCAAAGGCUAUCCGGGACCGGGUAUUAGUCAUAAAAAGGAAACGGGAGAAGGUGAGACAUGCCCAGGAAGAGCUGAAGAAAAAGGAAGAGGAGAAGCAACAAAAUAUUCUCAAGCUGCUAGAGCAGCUGAGAGGUACAGAAAGCACCACCACUACACCCACUUCUGAUAUCACCCCUGGAACUACUUCCCUGCCAGCACACCUGGACUCUAGUGAAUUUGUGAACAGUGGUACAUUCCUGCCUGAACCAGAGGAACCAGAAGCUGAUCAGCAUCACCUCUUCAAUUUGCGACAUACGUGUUACUCUUCUGCCACAUCGGACUGCGAGACAGAUGGGUACCUCAGUCCUUCUGGUUUUAUGGAGACUGUGGAUGGUUCCCAAAGACCAUCAAGUAAUGCCUCACAAGAAGAUCCCAAUAGCCCCCCAAACACCCAGCCAGAAAUACGUUUUCCAGGGAGCAUUGCUGUGAGUGUGAACUCGGACAUUACUUCUCCUCUUGGACUCCCUGGUGAUAUCUCCUCUCCAGUGGACAGUUAUGCGUCAGAUGUGGCUUCAGGGCUGAGCGAUGGCUGCGAAGGAUUUUCGGCUGGGGAGCGUAGCAUUAAAUCUCCUGUAAAGAAGACUCCAGCUAAACUUUUGCGACGUAAAGCGAGAUCCAGACUUCGUAUAAUCAAUAUCUCAGAUAAAAGUGACCGCGUUGUAGAGUGUCAGUUGCAGACCUACAAUGGUAAAAUGGUCACUUUCAAGUUUGACCUAGAUGGAGAUAACCCAGAGGAUAUUGCUGCUGUUAUGGUGAACAAUGAGUUUAUUAUGCAAUCUGAAAGAGAAAGCUUCACCAACAGGAUAAAGGAUAUCAUCCACAGGGUGGAGACUCUGCUUAAAAAAGAGGGGAGUGGAGAUAGAGAAGACGAUGUGGAGAGAAUGGACACCAGCCCAUCCACAUCCUCUCUGCCUCCUAAUUUACAGGCGGAUCUUAAACUUCAGGAGUUAUCCCGUUCCUUCUCUUCAUCUUCUCUCAGUGAUUUAACAUGUACAAGUCCCAACAAAGGUCUUGACUCCCCUGGUCAUCUCUACCAGAACAGCCCUGUGAUGGACAACGAUGUGUUUGGUACAGCUGGACCCCUGAUGAGUGCACCUGACUUCAGACCUAAAUCACUCCUACCAUCCAUGUCCAUAGGGUCCCCGAUGGCUGCCAGUAGAACCUGGCCUUCUUUUGAAACUACAUCCAGCCCGGCUGUACCUUUCUCAACAAGCUAUUCCAUGCCAUCCUCUCAGACUUUUCCACCUGCCACUUUUAGUUCCAUGCACAGUGGCAACUACCUUCCUUCCAUACCCCAACACAUGAUGUCUUCAUCUUCUGCAGGGCACAUGAGCUCUCAUAAUUCCGUGUUUCCCAACAUGAUGAAUCCUUCUGACAAUCAGGGGAAUGCUUUACAGCACAUGCUGAAUAGUGGGAUGGUGCCACAGAAUAUGAAUAAUGCUUUAGCAUCUAGUGUUUCACAAGCCACCCAGUGGUCUCCAACAGCACCCAUGUUUUCCUUGGCUAAUGUCUUAUCCCUGGCUAUGAGUAUGGCUCAAACCUUGUUACCAGUGGCAUCAACUGCUACAACACAGCCUCAAGGGAUGCCUCCUGGUGGGCAUGUCUUUCCACAGCCAAUGUCUUGCCACCUCCCCUCUCCUCUGAUGUAUCCCACAAGUUAUUCUCAGCCUCAAAGUCCAGUCAAGGAUUACCGGGGUCAGUGUCCUUAUGUGUUUCCUGGAUCCACACAUGCUGGUGGGAUGUUCUAUCAGAAUAUGCCAGGUCAAACUUUUUCUAAUCUGGGUGGCACUUUCUCUCAGCCUUUUGUUCCCCCAGAACCUGUGCCCCAUAGUGGAAUGUUUGCUCAACAAGUGCCACCUACAAGCAUGCCAGGCUACCCACAGAAACCUCCUCAACUGAUGGAAGUGCCACCUUCUCCUGGUAUUAUCAAGAACUUACCAGAACUGCAGCCAGGAGCAGGAGUCUUCAGCGAGGUGUCAUCAGCCACAGCUGGAAAUCAAGUUGCAGAAGCAUCAGCAUGUGUGGUGGGACAGACCAUGAACAAACCUGUACAACCCAUCAUUUCUGAUUGUGAUCCUCCAUCACCUGCAGAUCCAGUGAAUCAUUUGCCUUCAAGUGCCAUUUCCAGCGAUACACAACCGAAAGUUGUAGGGAGAUUUCAAGUUACAGCUGCAAAGGAUCCUGCUGACAGUAUAACAUCAUGGAGUUUAAACAGCAGCCCUGAGGUGUCCCAAAGAUCAGACAGCACCCCUGAGCUGUAUGAAACGGCUUCCUCAGAUACAGACAUUAGCACAGAUGAGGGUACAGAGGGGAAUUUCUCGGAACCUGAGAGACUUACACCCAACAUCAGUGUGAACACAGCAGAAUGGAAUAACAACGGACAACUCAGCUGCUCGGAACCUGAGGACUACAGCCAAGAAGUGCAGGGAAAUUAUGGUGAUGGAUUAACCUCUGUGGACAAAAAAAUAGAUAUUCCUGAUAUCUGUGCCAGUGUCCUGAACAACAAUACUAUAGAAACAUAUGGCUGCCAAGACAACUCCAACUAUGAAGUCCAUAACCAAAAUGGUAUUGUUAUGAAUGGGGAAAAUGCUGUGGAGAUUACUAGAGUACCAGUAGCUUCUGAUGUGAAGGAUGUAGACUACAAAUCUUCUAGUGGGGAGGAGAACCUGGAGAAGACACCCCAGCAGAUUUCCACUGUUCAGGUCUGGCUGCACUACACAAGGGGGAUCAACUAUCUGAGCAGCGAUGAAACAGAGAGUGAAGAUGAGGAAAUAUUUGAAGAGCUUCAACAGCUUAGGCAAAAGCACAUGUCUGAAGUGCAGGUGUUACAAGCAUUGCAGAAGAAAGAGAUUGAGGAGUUGUAUCAUAAAAUGGGGAAAGUGCCUCCUCCAGGGAUAGUGUCUCCAGCAGCCAUGCUGUCCAGCCGACAGAGGCGCCUAUCCAAGGGCAGCUUCAAUCAGUCCAGAAGGAACAGCUUGCAGAGAUUAGAGCUUCUACCAGCAACUGGAAUUAGGAAGAAUUCACUUGGAGGGAGCAGUACGGGCUCACAGGAACAGCGUCAAAACAAAGGGGGCAUGUUUUCAGGAGAUGUGACGAGAAUGAUAACUACUGGAGGAUUUCACAAUGAAACAUGUGAUCAGGAUGAUAAAGGAAAAGUAAAGUAAAGCCUUCAAAGAAAAUAAACACUUGAAGAUAAAUAGAAAAAAAAAAUGGACUACCUCAGUGGACCUUUGUUUCUGUGUUCUCCGAAGCUAUGACCACACUGGAUUGGUUCAGCAAAAUAGCUUUUGAUUGCUGUGUGGGAUUGUACGAAGAGCUAACUGUGCACCGUGCAGAACAAAGGAACAGACUCCUGCCCGCCAGACUGGGUGGCAUGGACCAUUGCUGCCUCUGUGACUGCUUAUUAAGAUUUUCUAUUUGGACUUUGGAUGUCUCCAUAUUUCUAUGUGUCACCUAACUGUGUUCCUGUUUCAAAGAAGAUAUGGCAGAGUUCUUAAAGUCAUUAUUAGCCUGUACUGGGAGGAGCUAUUGCGAUGCAUAGUGUUCACUGGACAAUAGACUAGAACAUCUUGUUGGCUUUGGUUUGAUGUUCUCUAUCUUAGACUGUGAGUACAUGACCAUGCACUUUUGACUUCUUCAGAGACAAAAAUCUGGAAAGUCACCUGCCAACACUUUUUGCCAAUUGGCUUUUUUGCUUGAAGCCAUGGUUAACAAUGAAUGUGCAUUAUACUAUAAAGUUAUAGCAAUACGAUAUGAGAUUUAGUCAAAGGUGAAUGUGGAAGGUGUGAGUGAGGUUGUUGUAGAUGAUAUUCCAUGACUGUGAAGUACACUUAUGUUGAACUGUUGUCCUCAUAACAGACAGGUUGUAUAUCCUAAACAAAAGUUGCUCGCUUCAAACCUGGUCUUAUAUGAUGUCUAUGAGGAACUAGCAGUAACUUAAAUCAAUGUUAUGUAUGUACGCUGCUUCAAGACAAAAACCAAAUAAUGGAGAAGUCCUUGAAAAUAUGUUGCUUUGUGUAGCUAUAGGACAGCAGCACUGUAUAAUGUAAUGUGAAAGUAUAGUGGAUAUUUUUAAUAUACAUAGAUAUAUACAUAGAAUUUUUUAUUGCCCUACAUACGUUACUUCUUUUCAUUGUAUUCACACCGCGGGAUAUAGAGCAGACAGGACAUUGUACAGAACUAAUCAAGUUGAUUUUUAUUUUUUUUGUUAGGAAAGAUGUAAGUGCUCAUCGGGAUCCAGCCACAUUGCACCUACUCUCCUAUUAGUGUUACAGUAGUGUUUAGUUUUGUGUGACAGCAAACAUGAAAUGGCAUGCCGCUGUGGGGGCUAUGCUCUAUAAAAGGACAGGAACCAGUUAUAGCUUUUAAUAUAUUAGAUAGAUGAGAAGCAACACCUGUCUGCUACUGACCAUUUGCCAUUUCAGUAUAUAACCCUACAUUUCCUAAUGCCAGAUAGAGAUCAAAUUUUAACUGUCUUUAUAAGUUAGUUUUAAUGUCUCUGACAUCUACAGAGUGUGCCUUCUGACAAAUGUAAAUAUAAUAAAAUAAAAAAACACAGGGUGGGGGGGGGGGGCCGUGGGGGAAAGCAAGCAAACAUUAUGGAGUUGAAUCAAUUGUUUUUCCCAAAACUGCCUCUAGAUGGCGCCUGCCAAAGCAAGUCAAUUGUUGCUCUGUUCAGGUGCAAGUGCUAUGGGGAGAUACAUUUUUGCACGUAGCCUCCUGAGGCGGCAAGAGAUGUACGAAAAGUAAUGAUUAGCAUUACUGUCUCACCCUAACAAAAACUGCCAAAAUUUGAACACUUACUAAUAUAAACAUGGAGCCCAAAAGUUACCCAUACAAACAAUGCAAUUUGGGUAGACCAUUUGAUUUAGACUAAAUUCUACCAAAAGCAUUGCAUAUUAUAUGGAAGACGUAAUCAAAUUCCUUGAAAAUGGUAUAAUAAAACAACUAGAGAUGAGCGGGUUUGGAUUUACUUAGUUCUGUUCGCCAAACUAGUGCAAGUCCGGAUUUAUCCUAUUGGCUAUCUAAAACAUAAGAGCUGAUAGCCAAUAAGAUGCCAUAUUGGAGAACUGAGUAAAACCGAACCCGCACAUCUCUAGAAAUAAUACAGAAUUUAGAUUGGAUUAUUCUUUAUAUUUUCCAAUUGAACAGAUUUUGUCUGUGCUGUAAUUGUAUUCCACUGCAUUGUGCGUGUUCUGCAAGUGUAAAGCGCAUUUGCGCAGACAUAUCACAUCACAAAACAGCAUAUGCAGUGAGCUUUUGCACUUUACUAAAUGAUCGUUGUGGUUGCGUAAGCAUAUUACUAUAUGGUAGAUACAGCAAUGAUCGAGGCAAAGUAAACACAAUAACACUAGUAAAUAAUAUAUUUUCCUACAUUGUGCGUGUCUGUAGUCCUACAAGCCUGCAUUUUGCAUUCAGUAGAAGUAGGCAUUAAUGAUCUCUAUGGGCCUUGCAUAUCUGAUGUGAAGUGGCCACUGUACAGGGAUUGCUAUACAUGAAGUGUGAAUGAACCCUUAUCACUGUAUCCUGCUGUGUAACUGAAACUUGUCACAGUGCACAUUUUCCAGUCUGUGGCUACAACUGGAAUUUCACCCGCAACUGACAAAGCAUUGUAACUUUUUUUUUAUUCUACUAUUGUCAAUUGUACAACUUUAACAAUGAACAGCACAACUUUAGCACAAUAACAACAUACUGGAUGUGCUCUAUUUACCUGUAUAUAAGACUAUGGUUAGCAUACAUAAAACGUUUGCUCAUGUAGCUUCAAAUAUUUUCUAUAUAGGUAAACAUUGUGCGUCUCUUCAAAAUAUGUAAUGACAAAAUGAUUUUUUUUGCACAGGUAGAAUCUAUGGUAGCAACUAUGCUUGUAACUGGAUAGAUUUAUAUUGUACUAUACAAAAUAUAUACAUGUUUUGGGUAAUUUACAUUGAAAUACUACAUUUAUUAAAAACAAAUUACUUAUUUUAAA